AUGAUGCAGAGGAGCGAGCUGAGCGCCUCCAGCAAGAAGUUGAGGGAGAAAGGCGGGCCCGGGAACAGAGGUAUGAAGGUUAUUGAAAACCGGGCUUUAAAAGAUGAAGAAAAGAUGGAACUCCAGGAACUCCAACUCAAAGAAGCUAAGCACAUUGCAGAAGAGGCAGAUAGGAAGUAUGAAGAGGUGGCUCGUAAGUUGGUGACCAUUGAAGGAGACUUGGAACGCACAGAGGAACGAGCUGAGCUGACAGAGUCCCGUUGCCGAGAGAUGGAUGAGCAGAUUAGACUGAUGGACCAGAACCAGAAGUGUCUGAGUGCUGCUGAAGAAAAGUACUCUCAAAAAGAAGACAAAUAUGAGGAAGAAAUCAAGAUUUUUACUGAUAAACCCAAGGAGGCAGAGACCUGUGCUGAGUUUGCUGAGCGAUCGGUAGCCAAGCUGGAAAAGACAAUUGAUGACUUGGAAGAUAAACUGAAAUGCACCAAAGAGGAGCACCUCUGUACACAAAGGAUGCUGGACCAGACUCUGCUUGACCUGAAUGAGAUGUAGAAUGCCCCAGUCCCACCCUGCUGCUGCUCCUCCCUGUGACCCAGACUCCGCCUGAGGCCAGCCUGACAGAAGCUGACCUUUAACUGAGGGCUGAUCUUUAACUGGAAGGCUGCUUUCUCCUUUCACCGCCCCCUCCUUCCGUGUGUCUUUUUCGCCAAACCGUCUCUGCCUCUUCCCGGAGAAUCCAGCUGGGCUAGAGGCUGAGCACCUUUGGAAACAACAUUUAAGGGAAUGUGAGCACAAUGCAUAAUGUCUUUAAAAAGCAUGUUGUGAUGUACACAUUUUGUAAUUACCUUUUUUGUUGUUUUGUAGCAACCAUUUGUAAAACAUUCCAAAUAAUUCCACAGCCCUGAAGCAGCCAUGG